AUGUAUCUCCGACACGUCCUCCUCUUGGCUCUCUCAGUCACUGUCAUCGCCUCUCCAACCGCCUCUAAGAGUAGCGGGUCCAAGGGUAAAGCCAAAGACCAUAAGACCCCGAAGCAUUCUCCCAAGAAAGGCGGGAGCAGUGGCUCUCAUACGAAGCCCAGCGUGCCUGUUAGCACCGGCGGUGCUUCCGGUUCAUCUGGAGGCGGAGGCGGCUCGGCUGCUAACAACGGAACCGGCGGAGCUAACACGGAGCUUCAGACCGUCUUCCCCACUCCGAAGGGCAAGCAGGACUUGAGCGCCGUGAAAACGAUUGCCGCGGGCGAAUCCUUCGACGGUGGUAUGCAACUCUGGGAUAGAAGCCCGAGCACGUGCAAGGGACAGACUGAGGGCGGUAACAAGGAUGCCGUCUUCAUUCUCAUGGAAGGUGCCACAAUCAGCAACGUCGUCAUCGGACCCAACAACGGCGAGGGUAUUCAUUGUCUGGGCAGCUGCACAAUCAACAAUGUUUGGUUCCAAGACGUCUGCGAGGACGCAAUCACCUUCAAGCAAACCUCCGGCACCUCCUAUGUCAACGGCGGCGGCGCGCAGAACGCCGAUGAUAAGGUCCUGCAGCACAACGGCGGCGGCACGGUGGCUGUCAAGAACUACUUUUGCAAGAACUGCAGCAAGAUGUACCGCAGCUGCGGUAACUGCAAGGGCCAGAGCGGAGGUCGCCAUUCCACUUUUGAAAAUAUCCGACUGGACGGAGGAAAGGUUCUCGCGGGCAUCAACGGCAACAUGGGAGACACUACGCAAAUUACGAACUCGUGCGUCCUGGGCGGUGCCGAUGCCUGCGAGCUGUUCCAGGGCAACAGCAAUGGCGCUGAGCCGAAGUUGAUCAGCAAGGGACCUGAUGGGAAGAGUUGUGUUGCUACUUCUGUCAAGACUAGCGGGUGCUAG